AUGCCAUUUGGACUGGGAGAAUUGACAUGUCUUCAGACCUUACCAAUUUUCAUUGUGGGAAAGGAUAGCUCCAUCUCUAAAGCUAUUGGCGGAAUUGGUGAGUUGAAUAACUUAAACCACCUUAGAGGGGGUCUCCAAAUUAAGCAUCUUGAAAAUGUGAGAAAUGGAACAUCUAGAUUGAAGGAACUGAAGGGAGCAAACUUAAAGGAAAAAAAGUUUAUUCAAAAACUGACACUAGAAUGGACAGGAGAUAAAGAUGGUGUUGAUUAUGUUGAUGAGGAUGGUAGAGUGUUGGAAGACCUCCAGCCACACCCAAAUCUGAAAGAGUUGAAUGUAGAAGGAUAUGGAGGGAUCAUGUUUUCGAGUUGGAUGAUGGUCAAAAUGGUUUCAUGGCUCCCAAACUUAGUUCAGAUCACCAUACAAAAUUGUAGAAGAUGCCAACAUCUUCCAUGGUUUGGUGAUAUCCCUUUUCUGAAGGUUCUCGAACUCAAAUCCCUAAGUGCUCUUGAGUACAUAAACAACAACAGCAGUGAGUCUUGCUCUUUCACUGCUGCUGCUGGUGGUGGUGGUGUUGCUGAUGCUUCUUCUUCAGGGAUCAAUGUGAUGAAUGCUUCAACAGGAAGGUCUUUCUUUCCAGCUCUUGAAAGCCUUUUACUUUAUGAUUUGCCUCUUCUGAAGGAAUGGUCAAGGGAAGUAGUUCUGGCUAAUGAUCCUGGGGAAAUAGAACCAGCUCCCCAACAACCAUCUUCGUUAUCUUUUCCUCGCCUUUGUAGUUUGGAUAUCAACAGUUGCCCUAGCUUGGUAUUUAUGCAAUUGCUUCCAUCUCUUGAAGAAUUGUCUAUGACAUAUGUAAGCGAGAAACUAUUGCAGUCUUUGACAGUGCAAACAGAAACUAGCAGACAAAUAACGGAAGUAGCCAAUUCAGGUCCCUCCUUUCCCCUCUGCACACUACAAACCCUGCAUAUAUGCUUCUGUGAAGAUACAGUAUCUUCAUUAGAAAUAGGCUUGAGAAACCUCACUUCUCUGAGGGAUUUGCAGAUUAUUCACUGUCAUAAACUAGUGCAAUUACCAGAAGAAGGAUUAAGGGGCUUAGUUUCUCUUCAAUCUCUUCAGAUCAAUUCUUGUAACAGCCUGACUUCUCUUUUUCAAGGAACCCAAGACGUCACUAAUCUCCAGAAGCUAGAAGUAUUGACCUGUGAAGCAUUUGAUUGGCCAGAUGAGGAUGAUGGCUUGCAAGGUCUUGUGAAUCUUCGGUCUUUGGAGAUUUCAAUGCUUCCAAAGUUGACCUGUCUUCCUCAAGGGCUUCAACACCUGACUACAUUACAAGUUCUCUCUAUUUCGCACUGUUAUAGUUUGGUGUCUUUACCAGACUGGAUGGGGAACCUUACAUCACUUGCAAAGCUGUAUAUUGGGGCCUGCCAUAAAUUGGAGUCUCUCCCUAAUACUAUGCGUCACCUCACCAUGUUAAAACAAGUGGACAUUAUUCAUUGUGAACUCUUAUCAGAAAGAUGCCAAAAGGAAGCUAUUGAGCUUUCAUGUGCAGCUAAAACCAGAGGAGCACUUCUUAGAGGAAGAAACUCCAUCUCUAAAGCUAUUGGUGGAAUGGGUGAGUUGAAUAGCUUAAACUACCUUAGAGGGGAGUUCCAAAUUAAACAUCUUGAAAAUGCGAGAAAUGGGACAUCAAGAUUAAAGGAACUGAAGGGAGCAAACUUGAAGGCAAAAAAGUACAUUCGGAAACUGACAUUGCAAUGGGCAGGAGACGAUGGUGUUGAUUAUGCUGAUGCGGAUGGUAGAGUGUUGGAAGACCUCUAG